AUGACAGAAUAUAAACUUGUUGUUGUAGGAGCUGGUGGUGUGGGAAAAAGUGCACUAACAAUUCAAUUAAUACAAAAUCAUUUCAUCGAUGAAUACGAUCCAACAAUUGAGGACUCCUACCGUAAACAGGCUGUUGUCGAUGGUGAAACAUGUUUGUUAGAUAUCUUGGAUACAGCUGGCCAAGAAGAAUACAGUGCAAUGCGAGAUCAAUACAUGAGAGGCGGUGAAGGAUUUCUAUGUGUAUUUGCUGUUAAUAAUUCAAAAUCAUUUGAAGAAAUCAAACAAUAUAGAGAACAGAUAAAAAGAGUAAAAGAUGCUGAUGAUAUUCCGAUGGUGUUGGUUGGAAAUAAAAUUGAUUUGCCCACUCGUACAGUGGAUAUGUCAAAUGCAAAAGAUUUUGCUUCAGCAUUAAAUAUGCCAUUUGUACAAACAUCAGCCAAAACUCGACAAGGAGUAGAAGAUGCUUUUUAUACACUUGUUCGAGAAAUCAGGAAACAUAAAGAACGUAGCCGAAAAGAUAAAAAGAAUCGUACAAAAGGCAAGAAAAAUGGAAAAAAGCAAAAUGGAAAACGAGCCUGUGUAUUAAUUACAACAACAACAACAACAACAAGUUUAGUAACAGACGAGAUGAAUUCAAAUGAUAAUAAUAAUUUACAUGCUAAUGUAAAUCAAGUAGAAUUACAAGAAAAUAAUUCUGAUCAAAAUUCUCUUGAAACAACAACUGUAGACCCAUCAAAAGAAAAAAAGCAAAAGGUGUCGAUUAUGAAUAAACAAUCAGUAGGAAAAAAUCAUAAUAAAGAUGAACGAGAGAAAUUAUUGCUCGAGUAUUUAAAAUCGAGUAAAAUUAGUGAAAAUGGAUCAACGCAAACUUAUGUAGCAUUUGAAAUGAAAAAGCAUUUAUUUAAACAUAAAGAUAAUGGACCACCACCGUAUUAUCGACUUAAAGAAGAACAACAGUAUUCAGAUUUACAAUUCAAAGAAAAACCAGUAAAACCGCCAGUACGAGCAAUAGUAUUGGCAAUUGCAUUGUUUAUUUGUGGAUCAGUUAUGAUUUCCCUUGGUGCUUUAAUGUUAACGGGAUACAUUAAAACACAGUAUAGCGAUCGUACAUGGCCUUUAAUAUUAGUUGGUACAAUAGUGUUUUUACCUGGCUUUUAUCACGUUCGAAUAGCCUAUUAUGCCUGGAAAGGCUACAAAGGAUUUACGUUCGAUGAUAUACCUGAUUUGGAUUGGUAUUGA